AUGGGUCUACAGGCGCUUGCUACUACACUCGGCAUACCAGCCGGUCCGCUUCUACUUCCAUCACUCGGCACACUCUUCGACCAAUACAUGGACAAAGGAGACGUCGUGAGAGAGGCAGCUACAGCUGCUGUCAAGUCAACACUCAAAAUAUUCCCUCCUGAGGCUCUCGGUUUGGUGCUUCGUCAUUUAGAAGCCGCAUUGAAGCAGACCAAGCAGUGGAAGUCCAAAGUCGGAAUUUUGGAUGCAAUCAAAACACUUACCAAUCAAAACAAGGACCAGAUAGGAGAAGAAUUGGGCAAUACACUGCCCCAUAUAGAGCAAGCGAUGCACGACACCAAAGCUGAGGUAUCGUCGGCCGCAAUAAAAUGUGGCACGGCACUAUGUUCAACUCUUCCAAAUCCCGACCUUCUCCCGCAUGUUCCUGCCCUCGUCAAAUGCAUGGCCAACCCAGAGACGGUACCCGCGUGCAUCAAAGCGCUCUCGAAUACCACAUUCGUGGCAGAGGUCACAGCUCCAGCGUUAGCGGUGCUCGUGCCUCUCCUCAAUCGAGCCCUUAAUGAUAGAAGUAUGGAAGUACAGCGAAGGACUGUAAUCGUCAUUGACAAUUUGGUGAAGCUUGUACGCGACCCCAAGGUGGCAGCUCGAUACCUGUCCGGCUUGGUUGAUGGUGUCGAUAAAAUUAUGCAAGGGGCUUCGUUCCCUGAAGUACGAGCCUUUGCAGCCGCCGCUCAUGAGACUUUGAUCAAGGCUGGGGCUUCAUCCGGAGCACCUCCACCACUACCUAGGGAUCUCGAGGCCGAGAUUGAGUCGUCAAUGAGAGAAAUGGCACCAUUCCUUCCAGUAUCACUAUUCACCUCGUUGACGCCUCUUCAACCUUUCCACAAUAGCUUCAAAAUUUGUUUGCAUUUUGUUGGCAAUCUCGUCGCUGACUUGGCUAAUAACAAGAGAUACGACGAUAAGGCCACAUGGCAGAGAUGUAUUGGGCAGUACCUUGCUCCUUGGAUCACAAAAUAUGGACAAAGUGACGACUCGGAUGGUUCUCAGCUCUCCGAGACAAUCAGGAAUCAUUUUUACGCUCUCUACAAGGCACAAUUCGCCACAAAUACCAAUGGUUCCUCUGAAGAAGGAGAGAUUCUUUGCGAAACUUUAUUCUCCCUUGCUUACGGUGCUUUAUUGUUACUCUCUCACACCACUCUCCGCCUUAUCCGCGGUAGAAG